GUUCCUGUGAGGUUUUUUCUCGUCCUUCUCGUCACUGUAAAUCUGCGACCCCAAUCCUGCGGGGCUGACAGAGCAGGAGAGCAUGGAUGAGGAGGAGGACACCCAUCCUGAGAUGAAGCACUUUUCUCUGCCCUGGCCUCUCCCCAGGUUCCGCUCACACAGUGACACCUCAGGAUUUCGCUCCAGAGUGCUGUUCAGGCUUCGGGGAGCUCGCUCAGUUGAUGGGUUGGAGAAAUCAUCAUCACUGGCCAGCUGCGACGUGGUGGUGGACAGCGCCACCAAUACCCAGAAUGCCCAUGCGUCACGGCAGCAGCGAGGCAAGCUGUCGUCAUUAGGGAAACUGUUCAAACCCUGGAAGUGGAGGAAGAAGAAGACCAGUGACAAGUUUCAGGAUCUUUCCAAAGUUCUGGAGAGAAAAAUCUCCACCAGACAAACGAGGGAGGAGCUCAUCAAGAAAGGAGUUCUCAUUCCUGACCAAGAUGAAACAAUAAGCAGUGAGAAUCUGAACGGCCACGCCACCUCUAGUGUGACAUCAGAGGAGGUCAAAGUGGACAUCGAGUCUCCAGAAACAGUCAAGGAGGAGCAGGCCACAGGGCCCGUCAGCACUGGGGAGAAAACAGCCAAAUCCUCCCAUCCAAAGAAGACAGGACUCACAUCAAAAACAUCCCCCGCCUCCGCCUCCACCUCCACCUCCACCACCCCUCGCUCUCGUGCGUCUAAGGACUCUACAGCAGAGACCGACGGGACCGAUGCAAGGACCAACCGGAAAUCAAACCCUCCCACAUCCUCCUCCGUAUCUCAAAAGGCCCCCGCAGAGACUCCUAGCCAGCCCGGGGAGUUAAAAUCCUCGCCCCUUUCCUCAGACGCCAAGUCUGCCUCAUCGAAAGCCUCAGGCGGUGAGACAGAGGGAGCUCAGGCUGCUUCUCCACCUGCUCCGGAGCCUAAAUCUGCUCUCAAAGCCUCUGCUGCAGGUGAGGAAACCCACAAGGCUUCUGAGUCCGCUGUCCAGUCUCCCCAUGUCAACACUGCGACGGAGGACACUUCCUUCACAGAGAGGGAGAAGGGGAGGAUGGGAGGGGAGGGAGGAGAAGAGGAAAAGAAGAGAGGAGAAGGAGAGUCUGCUGGGGAGAACAGCCCGAGGUCAGCAGAGGGUCAUGCUGAAAGGCCGCAGGGUCUCAGUGUGAACAUGGAGCAGGCCGAGGUGACGGUGAUCCCCGAUAGGCCGAGAGACAGCCAAACUAGCGACUCUGACUCUGACGGACCAAUCCUGUACCGCGAUGAGGAGGAGGAAGAGGAGGAGGACGAGUACACAACUAGUUCUCUGGCCAUGAAGAUCCGCCGACGAGACACCCUGAACAUCAAGCUGGGGAACCGACCCAGCAAGAGAGAGCUGGAGGAGAAAAACAUUCUGCCGCGGAGCUCGGAGACGGAGAGACACGAGCUCCGCCAGCAGAUAGGCAGCAAACUAGUCAGGCGCCUGAGCCAAAGACCCACCACAGAGGAGCUGGAGCAGAGAAACAUCCUCAAGCAGAAGAAUGAGGCAGAGGAGCAAGAAGCCAAGCAAGAGAUUAAAAGGAGACUCUCCAGAAAGCUGAGUGUGAGGCCUACGGUGGCAGAGCUUGUCGCCCGCAGGAUCCUGCGUUUUAACGAGUAUGUGGAGGUAACGGACGCCAAGGAUUAUGACCGGCGGGCAGACAAACCCUGGACACGGCUUACUCCUGCUGACAAGGCUGCUAUCCGUAAGGAGCUGAAUGAGUUUAAGAGCCGAGAGAUGGAGGUUCAUGAAGACAGCAAACAGUUCACCAGAUUCCAUCGGCCCUAAGCGCCAGCUCUCACUGCCAGCUGGACGUCAGCACCACAAGCUCUCCGGUCCGCAGCUCCCAGCAGUCUCCCACAGCCCUCCCCGACCCUCAGUACACAGCUCAGUCCACUUUGCUUUGGGAUCCUCCCGCUCCUGACGAUGUAUGACGUAUGUCUGUCUAUAGUGACAGCUACAGGUGUGCCUUAAGGCCUUUUGGCCAUCCAUGGACACCAGUGAAGCAUUUGCACAUAUCUAUAGUCAGAACAGUGGUGUGUCUAGCGCUCUGAUUAGAUUAUUUAUUAUGUAUAUGACCAGAACCUGCGGGUAUAUGAUGUUGUGUCUUUGUUGUGGUUCACUUCAGGCCAUGUCACGAGAUGUUCCAGGGAGGAAACAUUGGCAGAGUUACCCUCUUAGUAUUGAAUGUGGCUCAGUUGUACUACAGAGUUUGUAUACUUGCCAAGGUAUGUCUGGUCAUACAGCCAAAUGGUCAUAUAUGGGCAUCCUCCCAGAACAGGAAGUGGGAGUGAUUGGAUGGUUGAGUGCUGUUGUCAGUGCCUAUGUCAUAGAUCAGAGGGGAGGAGAGGCAGUUUGUUCUGCUCCGAUGUGCCUCUCGGAGCUGAAUCUGAAAUACUGCGGUUCAUUUUUAGACAUAUUAAAAGUAUAUUGCCACUAGAGGGCAUUAUAUCAUAAGAGUUAUCGACUGUGAGGAUGAAGAUGUGUAUGUAGAUGAAGAGCAAUCUGCGAGUGUUAUAUUUAUAACUACUGAAGCUGAGGGAUCGGUGGGCACCUGAGGCUCUGAUAGUGAAGUGCAGUGGAAAUCACUCCCAAUUCCAGCCAGUUCUAAUCUCUCAGCACUCAUCCUGAUGAUACACGGUGAUCAUGCACCGUCAUAUAUCUUGUGCUGAGUUAUUUAGUGCAAACCUCUGAUCACAAAGUGCUGGACUUGCUGUUUAGAGGAUCUGACUUCAGUUUUUCAUGUUAGGCUUUUGGCUGAAGCGCUCACUCGGAGUGACUUGUUGCCAAAGAAAACGCAGGUAUUUGAUUGUAUGCUGGUUUUCUUAUUUGAAAGUUUUGAUAUUGUCUGGUGGACUCCUGAUGGUGGUUUUAUAAAUAGAGAACAGGCAGUGAGAGUUCCAGCACUAAAGCAAUCAACAGGCCUCUUGAAGAAGUGGAGAAGUACUUUAUUUUUCCAUUUCCGUGAACGUGCUUUUGCAAUUUCAUCCGUCUGCAGCCUGUGAUAGAUAUGCUGACAAGUGGUCCUUUCACACCUUGCCCUAACAUGCACCUUGAAUCCAGUGGUUAUGAUCUGGUUUUAUCAACAUACGGUUUUAUACAGUUUUCUCUUUGAUCCUGAAAGUUUAAAGGAACUGCUCAACUUUUUGGGGAAAGCACUGGGGCUAAAACAAUUAGUUGAUGAACAAAAACUUAAUCAGCCACUGUUUUCAUAAUCAGUUUAUCAUUUCAUUCUUUUUUUUAAAAACAAAAGGCCAAAAAUGUGACAAACAGGCAGCAAUUGAUUGUCGUUUUUAUCAUAUAUGAAGCUGAAUUUAAAUCUUUCAAGAUUUUGAGUGGUCAAAUAAAACAAGCAAUAUGAAUCAUAUUUGAAUAUGUCAGCUAUGGGAAGUGAUAACAGACAUUUUUCAUUAUUUUCUGACUUUUAAUAGAUGAAUCAAUUAUUCAGGUAUAAAGAAAAUAAUUAACAGUCAACAUAAUCAUUAGCUGCAGUGCUGAAAUGCAUUUAUUCACAUUCUGGCUGAGUGUUAGCCAGCAGGUGAUUAGCUUAGCUUAGCAUAAACACUGGGAGCAGGGGGAAACAGGUCGCCUGGCUCUUCACAUUUGUUUUUUUGUUUGUUUGUUUGUUUUUUGGGUUUUUUAACCCUAGCUGUUUCCUUUGUAUCCAGUCUUUAUGCUAAGCUAAGCUAAUCACCUGCUGGUUGUAGCUUCAUAAGUAGGGCACAGAGAUCAGAGCGGUGUCGAUCCUCUCACCUUAGUCCAGGCAAAAAUGUGAAUAAGAGCUUUUCCCAAAAUGUCGAACUAUUUCUUUUACAUCACAUAGAAGGCAAAACUAAAAUAUGAGUAUGUGUUAUAGUAAUCUAAUAAGGGCUCGUACACAUGCUGCAUGUUUUGCACCCUUAAAUCCACUGUUUUCAAUGUAGAUUUGCAGAAGGCGCGCUCAAAAGUAAGAGCGACACCCUGUGAUAAAUUAAGUCCAACUUUGGGAAUGCAGCAAUGUGCACAGCAUGUCAUGUGAUGGGGAACAACCAAUCACAGCUGGUAGAUAUCUGCCCUUCCUCCUUUAAUGAUAGAUAUGGAGUAGAAGUUGAUUAUUUUAGUGCAGGUCUACCCAGAGCUUUACAUCUGUCCCAUGGAUGACAUGUAAUGCUUCAUACAUACUUGAAAAACAAAAUGUCUGGAAGAAGAUCAGCUCUGAACUCAGGAUGUCUAGUAGGCUAUGAUGCGGUGCUGGUUAUGGUCGCUUAGCAACAUCAGGCACAACCUGCCACAGUGCCUUGAAAGUUGGCACAGAGUAGGCACAAGAGUAACACCCAGCACCCAACCUCACAUUUUCCAGAAAGCAAAAGAUGCAGCAUGUGUCCCAGCCCUGAGCAGGAACACAGGAGGUUAUACAUUUUUUAUAUUCCAGUACUCUUUGAGAUUAAAUUUGGAUUUUGUGCACUCUUGGCAAGAUGUUUAGACUUUCAUAAGUCUGAAUUAAAUUUCAUUGUAAGGAGAUUAAAUACAAAUGGAGAACAGUCGGCUGCACAACAACUUAAUUACACUCAAAGGGAUUUCCCUUUGUUUAAAUGCGCAGAUACACAGAUGCUCAGUGUGUGUCGAUUUAUAGUUUGUUGGCGACAUGGCUGAGGUGAUUUGGAUUCACCUUGGUGCAUCUAUAGAUUUUCUGCCUCAACAUGCUCCAGAUACUCAAGAUGUAUGUCAAUGCAAGAUGUAAAGGGGAUCAUUCAGUAAUGAUAAGAAAGCUCAGAUAAGUCAAAGGUGAAAUGUGAAAGGACAUGAAAGCAGACAGAGAACCUGAAACUAUAACUCGCCACCAGAAAUAUUUUAGAAGCUGGGAGAGAAUAAAACACCAUGAUGGCUCAGUCAUUGCCGCGGAUGUUCAUAGAAAUACCAAACAAAAAUGUUUUUUCCCUCCCAGCACUACGAAGGAAAUUCGGGCUGAAAAGUUACUGACAGAUUGAGCUUGCUGACGUCCAAAGGCUUGUGUGCUCACAAUAGACCUCCACAACAGUCGUCACUCGUACAAAAUAGUAUCCGAAAAAGGACUGAUUUCUUCUCUCUGCUUCUGAAUGUGCGGAGGUUGAAAUGGUGUACAGCGAUGGAAAAGAACCAACAGUAUUCAUUCAUGUCAAUGUCUAUGUUGUUAUAUAUAAUGAUUAUUUUGUACAUAAUGUAUAUCGAGCAUGUGCAUACAUUGAAAUCAAUUUUACUACAAGUAUGAUACAGUAGAACUUUGAUGUGAAUGUUUUAAGCUCUGAUUUUAGUCGUCUUAUUUUUUUUUUAUCAUCCCCAGAAAAUAAUAAUGAAAUGAGGAGUUCAGUGCUGUUUAUCAUACCAAGCACAGUUUGUUAAAUAACUGUCACGUCUUUACCAAACCUACCUGUUUCCUAAACAGACCAUUACAUUACACACACUGCUUAUUUCAUAUUCGCUUCCACCUUCACUCUAACUGAAGUCAGCAGGUGCGACGCAGCAGGUAUUUCAUGGAUGGAGACUAAGUUUAAAAGCAGUUUAUAAUCCUUUCUGGACGUCGCUUUUGAUUUAUAUCUUCAGAUGGCCGUUGGUCAGCUUGCACAAAGUAGAAAAAAACAAACAGGAUGUGACCUGAAAUUUAAACUACAUGAGUUUAGGCACAGUAUAAAGUCUAGCUGCAUUUUAAUAGUAAGUAAAUAUGAGUCCAUGUAAUGGAAAAUGUGCUUCUAUAAAAGAGAACAUAAUGCAGCAAAUACUGUAAUAAAAAUUUUAGAUGCACAAAUUAAAAGUCUCACCAGGUGGAACAGAUUUGAUCCCAUCAUGGCUGAGUACUUAAUAUGCUGCUUUCAUCUCUGUAAAAAAGACAAGUUAAUCUCUACAGCAUAAAAUGGAAAAAUGUCCUUUUUGCAUUUUAUAAGCAGUAUAUAGUCAGUGAAGAUGGUAAAUGGCUAUGCAGGUGUAAGCAGAUGACAUUUAAAGACAUUUAAAGCAGCUAUAACCUGUAUUUUUGUUCUAAUUUAUUAAGAAACAAUAUGUGAAAACAGUGUGGCAAUGUGACAGGAGUUGCUCAUAGUGAUCCUACAGAGAAUCAUCACCUGAUUCUGCAGCUCCCCUCGGCUUUACAGAGCUUAAUAGUGAGUUUUACCUCAUGGUUUCGCUGCUAAGUGUGCAACUUUACUGUUUCCAUUUAGUUUCACUGCUCUCGUAGAGUUGUUUUCAGCUGCAGGAGGCAGGUGUUUUCAGUCAAAACACUCUAAAAACCCACUGUUUCACUACGUUCUCAGCACAAAACACCAGACAGACACAAGGUAUGUUUCCAUCCUUCUGUCUUUUUGUGCAGUUACAAUAUGUGCAUAAAGAAACCUGAGUGGAAACACCAAAACUUUAAAAAAAAAAUUAAAUAUCCUAAAAUAAUUUUGUGUUGGGGGGAGGUGGAAAACUUGUUGCAUUGAUAAAAGUUAAAUGGAAACAGUGCAGUGGCAUUUAAAGACCUUUAAAGUGGCUGUAGUACAAUGGAAGUUAAUGAUGAUGUAGAUUCAUGAUGUUGUGUCAUUGCGUAGGCCACUGCAGGCUCUAUUUGUCAUCUCUGGACGGCUUUUAACAUGCUUACGUAUGCACACAGGGCUUCCAAGAGCACAUAGCUGUAAUAUUAGUUGUUAAAAUCCCUCUAUUUCCUCAGCCCAGUGUGUUCUUCAUAUUAUACAUCCAUUGUUUCCCAUUGUUUGAGUUGUGACUGUCUCUAUUUUAAAUGAUACCGUCUUGUUGCACCCUCUUUUCCUGCAGUGACACCUGACUUGCUCAUCUCCAUGAACAAACUUCCAAUAUACACAUUACAAAAAUGGAUGGAAAAGCGCAUAUAUUCAUUUUUGUUGUUGCAAAUUUUCUGAAAUUUGGUUAAACUUUCUGCUACAUUUUGAAGAGAGGGGAGCAUUUGGCAGCCAAAGAGCCAAAAACAUUGUUCAGGAAGUGAUGGAAACUAAAAGCAGAGUUAAUAAGUUAUAAUCAAUGACAAAAUACAUUAAUACACACUUCAAAAAUGUCUUUACAUUUGCUUACAGCUACAUUAUAGUGUGGUACAAACCAUUAAUAAAGUGUUUGUAUACUGCUUAUAAAUAAAUGACUAGAAAGGUUGAAAUUAAGAAGCUUUAGAAAUCUUACUUUUAAAGCACAGGUGAUUUUAUAAUGAAACUACUAGCUUAAUUCUGGUCUAGACUGUCACCACUUAAUAUUUCUUUUCUGCAACACUGAUGCAUAAACACAUCUUUACAUAUUUUAAUCCAGAAACUGAUGAAACAUCUGGACAAAGCAGUUGAGAGUUUGGUAGAGCCUUGACAGUUUGUGUUGCCAGUCAGUAUUAAUCACAAGGAGCGUGUCCUGUAAAAACUUUAAUGGCUGCAGUCUGUUUCAUCUCAUCUUGUGUGGAACUGUAACAUCAACACGAUAAACCUCCUGAGACCCAAAGAAAAGUUGUAACACACCCCACGUUUCUUUACAUCACCUAUAACAUGGAAUACGUGAAAUUAAAGAUACAUAUAUUUCUUUAAACAUUAAAAAUGGACACUUUGACACUUAACUAUUCGCAGCUGCUGCUGUUAAAUUUGUAGUACUGGAGGCUUCCACCAGUUCAUGAAAAUGUUUACAUUUGAGGAAGUCUGCAGUUGCAAUGGUGCUUCCUUUAUCACACACAAACCAAAUCCCCCCAAAUCAGAAAGCCACAGUCAGACUGCUGCUGCUGUUGUUGACCAAGAGCUUACAUCUCCAUUAUUUUGCCUUUUCUUGAUCAUGUUAAAUUCACAGUAAGAUACUGGGAUUUACUGGGGAUUCACAAGUGUCAGUCACACUAUAAACCCUCCAACUUUGCAUUUACAGUCACUGAAAUGCAUUGAUUUUUUUUUUUUAAUUGAUCUCUGAAGUCAUAGGAUGAUGUCAUAUAUCAGCUACUGUUAUGUCCAAACUGUGUAUAUUGUUUUUGUAUAUAAAGAAUGAUGGGAAAACAUCA